UGAGAAGCUCAGUGCUCCGUCAGAAGCCAUCCGGAGACCAUGAGGACCCUACUGUUGUGCGCGGUGGUCGCUGUGUGCGUCUGCGGGACGCUGGGAGCCCGACGAAGGCUUCUCGUCGGACCACCACGCCGUCCCGUACAGAGCCUGCCCAUUGGAGGCUGGCCGAGGUCCCGGGACGGGGACCUCCCCGGACGUCCCGUUCCUGGCCGAGUUCCGGCCGAGCAGCUGCGGCUGGCUCCCAGGGAGCGCUACCCGCAGCCGCCGCCGCCUCAGGAGUUCGACGACGAGUUCCAGGCGCCGUUCCGUCCCCAGUCCCCGGAGUUCUUCCGUCAGGAUGAGCCCUUCGCGCCGGAGCCUUACCGCCGGGCGCCUCAGGAGCCCUACCGCCAGGAGGCCGAGGACCUCUUCCGCAAGCAAUCUCUCGAGUCCUUCGGCCAGAGGCCCCAGGAGGCCUUCGAGCCUCAGGAGGUCUUCGGACAGAGGCCGUUCGUGCAAGAGGAUGAGGCUCCUGAGGCGAGGCCCGUCCCGGUGAAGAAGCCUGCGGAGGAGCGAAGGGAGCUCGCCGCCGAGUCGUCGGUGCAGAAGCGACAGGACUACGCUCCGCUGGUGCAGAGGCAGGAGCCCAGCUACAGCGAGCCGGUUGCGGACAGCCGGCAGGACGCCUACUCGCUCAACAUUCCCGAGAAGAAGGAGAAGCAGCGCCUGGAGUUCCAGGUGCACGGCCAGCAGGGUCCGCACAGCUACCGCUUCGGCUACGACACCGGCACCGGGUACAACCGCCAGUUCCGAUUCGAGGAGCGCGACGCUGACGGUAACCUGAAGGGCCGCUAUGGCUACUACAAGGACGGAAAGCUGCGGGUGGUCAACUACUCAGCCACGCACAAGGGCGGCUUCCACGCCGAGGGCGACUUCGGCAAGUUCCCAGAGAAAAAGUACUGAUCGCCCGGCGCCGAAAUGGAAAACCGCCAGCUUUGUAAAGACACGCAGCCGAUGGCCUCACUCCGCGUGCUCCUGCAUUCACAGAGAAGUGCACACACCAUCGGCAUGACUGAUACGCAAGCAACAUUAGGAGUGGUGCGUCUUCGCUAUGCAUACGAAGACCUAUUUGUUUUAGUGAUAUUCAUCAGUUAGGAGCCAUUAUGCUCUUGAGCAAACACCUAGACAGCAUGGUAUGCAGCUUUCCUUGUGUACAAAAGAACAGAAUCGGCUCAUAGCCAUCGUUGGCCAUGCAAGUUGAUGGUUGACUCAUAUGUAGAUUGUAUGGUAAUUUCCAUCGUUCGCCAUGGGUUCCGCCAGCCUUGACCUGGACGGAAGCCCGUAUUGAUUUACGUUGUUACCAUCUUUCUGACAUCCGGUUCCACUGGACAUGACUGGCGCGCUCCGCUACUGACCACGCCACGAACAAAUUGUUACGUUGUUAAUUGUUAUUGAUCGCAUUGUGGUACGCAAUAAACGUAUGACUACGUGUAGAA